AGGUGGUGAGAAGGGAUCUUGGUUGCUGAGUUAAAAGUAGCUUUUUUGAUGUCUCAUCAUCCAUAUUUUCUACCCUUUCCUCCAGCCAGGGAGGGAGUGACCAUGGCGCCAAGCUGGACACAGCCAAGUUGCACCCCAAUGGGCAGAGGGGUUCUCCUCCUCGGCCUGGGCCUCUCCUUCCUGCUGCAGGGGCUCCUGCUGCCCUGCACAGACUGCAACCCCCAGACCACUUGGGACUACGCAGUCUAUGAGAUAGUCAUUCCAAGGAAACUUGCUCCCAGUGCAGGGAAGAGCAGCAAGGAGGAAGUGUCCUAUGGCAUCAGCAUUCAAGGGGUCAGUUACACACUUCGCCUCAGGCAGAAAGACUUGAUAAUAAAAGCCUUCCCUGUAUUUGCUCGUGACUCCCAUGGGAAAAUGGAGGCCAAGCAGCCCCAAGUGCCAGUGCACUGCUAUUACGAUGGCUACGUGGAAGGCAUCCUGAACUCCGGGGUGACUCUGACUGUCUGCUCUGGGCUCAGAGGACUGCUGCAGUUUGGAAACUCAAGCUACAGCAUCGAGCCCUUGCCAGGUGCCACUGAGGGUCAGCAUCUUCUGUUGCGGAGAGACGCGGCGGUUCCCGGAGCCAUGUACGUGUACGAUAUGCCCAUUGAACGUCAAUGGUUUCCUCGGCCUAGUAAGGAGGCAGAAGGGCAGUUCCAGCUCCGGGGACACACACGGUAUGUGGAGCUCUUUGUCGUGGUGGACAAGGAAGGUUUUGAUGCCUUUGGCAGAAGUAUCACUAAUGUGACUUUGGAAGUUAUUGAAAUACUCAAUCUGGUGGAUGGGAUGUUUAAAUCUUUCCACCUUCGUGUUAUGGUAACUGCACUAGAGAUUUGGGUGGAGAAGAACCCUAUCAGUAUUACCAAAAGCAUAAACAGGGUCCUUUAUGACUUUAAUCAUUGGAGGAAGCAAAGCCUGAAGUACGCCAUGCAUGACAUGGGGUGUCUGUUUGCCUCGAUGGACUUUGGUCACGGUACAGGUGGAUUGCACGUGAGUGGCAAAUCCAACCUGGGCAGUGCUUGUGAUAACACCCGGGCCUCUGCUGUUGUGUCAUUUGCCAGACAGCCUUACGUGGAGACUGCUGUCAGCGUCGCUCAUGCGUUAGGCUAUGCCCUUGGCAUGGAGCAUGACCACAGCUACUGCACGUGUGGAAACAGCUCUAGGUGCAUCAUGAGCGUGAACAGCACGGUGAACUAUCAAUUCAGCAACUGCAGCAAAAGGCACUAUUAUGAUUUUAUAUCAUCAGGGCGAGGAUUCUGCCUUAAUAACGUCCCAGAAUCGGUAAUGACAUCUGCGCUGAGGCGCUGCAAGAAUCGUGUCCUGAGGCCUGGGGAUAUGUGUAAAUCAGACCCUUGUUGUGACAUUGCCUGUCAGAGAAAGGGAGCCCUUUGCACUUCUGGACGCUGCUGUAGGAAUUGCAAACCUCUUCCAGAGGGAGAAGUGUGCAGGGAAAGUGCUGGACCCUGUGACUUGCCUGAGUAUUGCAACGGGACAUCUGAGCAUUGCCCAGCAGAUGUGGCCAAGCAAGACGGGACUGUGUGUGCUGAGGAUGGGUACUGCUACUCAGGCACAUGCCAGUCUCCCACAUUACAGUGUGUGAGUAUCUUUGGGAAGGGAGCAAAGCCUGCUCCGCUGUCGUGCUUCCAGGAGGUGAACAUGAAAGGGGAUCGGUUUGGCAAUUGCUUCGGGGAUGGGGCAGAUGUCAGCUUUCAGAAAUGUAAGCUAGAGAAUGUCCUGUGUGGAAGGAUGCAGUGUGUGAACGUGAGACGUCUGCCUCGGCUGGAAGACCACACAACCAUCAUCCAGACCCCAGUGGGUGAUAGCUGGUGCUGGGGCACAGAUUACCACUUGGGUGUGGACAUUCUGGAUCCUGGCCUUGUUAAGGAUGGCAUGCAGUGUGGGGAGAAGAAGAUCUGCAUUAACCGGACGUGUGUGCCUGCGGGGAGGUACUUGACAUCCCGCUGUUCUGCCAAGAAAACCUGCAGAGGAAAAGGUGUCUGCAACACCAACGGGAACUGCCACUGUGACAGUGGCUGGGCACCUCCCUACUGCCAGUACGUUGGAUUUGGAGGAAGCAUUGACAGUGGGCCUGCACCCGUCACUAAACACGGGCUUUGGAGGUUGCUCGUUGGGAUUACUGGGAUAAUUGUUGCUGUUUUGGUGCUUGCAGCAAUUGGCAUUGUGCAAGCAAGAAAGUUUGGAGUGACCCAAGCAUUACACACGUAUGUUGGAUCCUUUUGGGUUAAAAAAUGCGCUUCUGAGGGCAAUGUAAGUGACCAGGUGGAAGAAGAUGACUCAAAACCAGCUGAGAGUACUGUGUAGGACUUUACAUGGCAGCAGUGGAAAGCUGGACUCAGCCACCAGAUUCAGACUCCAGUUGAAGUGGACUCAUUUAAAAUUGAUUCAGAUGCAAGUGCAGUUAUAGGGGACCUGGCUUUUAUUCUGUACCAUAUCAAAAUGAAAUUGUUUUGCUCGACCUCACUCUGUAGGAGAAGUCAUUGACAAAAAUGACAGGGGAGCUCAGAUUAAAAGUCUGCCUGCUGGUUUACACUGAUAA